AUGUCUGAUGUGAACUGGAAAAGCGAAAAGAGUAAGCACGUGACGAAAUUCAUUUUUCACUCAAAGUGUAAAUUAAGACAUAAGUUCGUAAUACUUGUCUCUGUAACUCCAAUGAGUGAAGAACCAAGUACGACCUCUACAGUGUCGAAUAACAUUACGGAUAGAACAAAAAGAGAUGACAAUCAAGACGAAAAGCUUGAUUCACUGGUAGCGACCCUCAAAUCACCAAGCAUUGAUGGUAAGGAUCAGUCUGGAGAAGCACCUUCGGUAAAGAGAGUGAAGACAGAUGAUAUAUCUGGGGCUUUCUCUAGGAAAGAAAUCAGAUCAGACCAUGAACAGCACAGAGCAACUACCCCAUCAGUAUAUGGAGAUGAAAAAAAAGAACUCCCUGCUUGGUUAAAAAGCAAACCUGAUGAUAAAUACGAUAAAUACGGCUCACGCUCCAAUAUUCCAACUAUAAGGGCAGCAGCUAGCUCUGAUAAAGACGCAAGGUAUGAGAAAUAUGGCACUGCAUCAUCUCAGGGAGUCGACAGUAGACUAAAGCGCACCAGAGAUGAGAGGGAUGCAUCUUCUCCAUCCUCUAGAUAUGGUGUGCGUAACGAUGCAGUUGACGAAGAAGACAACUCUGCAGUUUUACCCUAUAACAAUCUUGAAGUGACAAACCCAGCUGCAAAAUAUUAUCAGACAUUUACUAGUAAUAUAGCGAACAAGGAUAAAAAGGAUAUCAAUAGUAUCGUUCGUUCUCAUUAUAAUCAAAGAGCAUAUCAAGCGAAGCACCAAGGCUCUCGUACACAAUCUCCUAUUUACAAGUUACGGAACUUCAAUAAUGCCAUAAAGUACAUGCUACUAGGGAACUUUAUUGUCAAAGUGCUGGACAAACCAACAGUAAUUCUCGAUCUAUGCUGUGGAAAAGGAGGCGACUUAAAUAAGUAUGAGUUUGUAUCAAUAGAUCAGUAUAUUGGUAUUGAUAUAUCGGACGCUUCAGUGAAGGAGGGGUUCUCGAGAUAUUCUAAAAACAAAGCAAGAUUUAUUCCACGCAAUCCGUCUGUGAAAGAUUCAAGGCGAUAUAACUUUGAAGCUUGCUUCGCAACGGGGGACUGUUUUCAAAGUACUGUGCCCGAUAUAUUGGAGCCUAAUUUUCCGGGCAUAAUGCAGUCGUUGUUUCCUGUCAGUACUGUUUCCACUCAGUUUUCGUUGCAUUACUCAUUCGAGUCAGAAGAUAAAGUUCGGGGGCUCUUGAAUAAUGUCUCUAGAUCUCUUAGGAAAGGAGGAACAUUCAUUGGUACCAUUCCCUCUUCAGACUUCAUUAGGGACAAGAUUCUUAGAAAGGAAUUAGUAGAUGGUCGCAAAUUUGGCAACCAACUUUAUUCUGUGACCUUUGAUAACCCUCCUCCUGAAGAUGGCGAAUUUAGGCCCCCUUUCGGACACAGAUACACGUAUUAUCUUAGAGAUGCUGUAGAUAAUGUUCCAGAAUAUGUUGUUCCUUUUCAAGCUUUCAGGGCGUUGUGCGAGGAUUAUGGUUUAGUCUUGAAAUAUAAAAAGAGUUUUGUCGAUAUUUUCAAUCAGGAAAUUCCAAAGUAUUUCCAUAAAUUGAAUAAAAACUUAGUGGAAAGCAUGAAGCGUUCCGAUGGAAAAUAUGGUGCUGAAGGGGCUGAGAAAGAAGCUGUAGCAUUCUAUAUUGGAUUUGUGUUUGAAAAGCUUUGA